AUCAUCAAUCCUUUUUAAUCUCGGUCGCGUCGGCUUCCCGUCUUCCUCUCUGCAACGAACUCAAUCCAGCGGCCAAGCUUUCUCCAUCUCAAGAUUUCCCUUCUCCCUUCUCUCUUUGAACUUUUUUCAGACAUCAGAGUGUAGACGAUGGAGCCCAAAUCUGAAGCUUUGCGGCGCAUCGCGAGGAUCUCUGCUCACUUGAACCCCUCUAACCUUCAGAUGGACGAGAGUUCUUCACUGACGCGCUUGGAUUGCCGAUCAAAAGGAGGGGCUCCAGGGUUCAAAGUUGCGAUUUUGGGUGCUGCUGGAGGAAUAGGCCAGCCUCUUGCGAUGCUGAUGAAGAUGAAUCCUUUGGUGUCAGUUCUUCAUCUCUAUGAUGUUGUUAACGCCCCUGGUGUUACUGCGGAUAUCAGUCACAUGAACACGGGCGCGGUGGUAAUUUUCUUAAAAUUCUUGCUCUUUUUCUCUUUUGUGUUGCCUGAGAGCAUGUUUGGAUUAAUUGGUAUUUUGUGCAUAGCGGUGUUUAAGAUGUAUUAUCCGAGUAUUAUUACGGGUUGAGUUUGAGAUGAUCGU